UCUAAAAUCCUAAUUUCCUAAUUAAAUCAAAAAAAUUAAGAACCUAAUAAGCCUAAUCAAAUUCUAGUAAUCCUAAUUGGAAUCUAAUUAAAACUGAUAAAGGUUGAACUUCAGCCUUCAACCUUCUUCUACAAUCUUCUUCUACAAUCUUUAGCCUGUAGGAGUCGUUCGUUCUUGAGACGCGUGUGUGAUUGGUCGUAACAGAGAGGGUGAUGAAGGUUGAAGCUCAACCGAAUAGAGCUUCUGAUGCUGAAGCUCUAUCGAUUAUGGCAAUUCUGAGCGUAUGGUGAGGGUUGCGAGUGUUUCUGGCUUAUGGGAAAAUAAAUUGUAGGGACCAUGUGAAUUGCAUCCGAUACGAAUUUAUAAGGCUUUUUUGUAACAGAAAGGGGCAGCUCGGGCAACACAAUUAUGGCGGUUAACACUGUUAAAUCUUCCAAGGAAAAACAGUUAGAAUUUGCUAGAAGAAAGUUGUUAAUAGAGUUAGUUAGGAGGUGUUUUAAAAUUAGUUAGAGACGAAGGAAAAACUGUUAUGUUAGUUUGGAUUUCUAUUAACAGUUAGAUGCCAAUUCGGUUACAAUUAGUUUUUUUUGUUAAUGAUAUUACCUUCGGUUAGUACUGUUAAAUGCAAGGCAUAUUAAGUUGAUAGUAAUAAGUUGGUAGCAGCGAUAGAAAGUGAAUUGUUAAUCGUGCGGUGGGAAGUAUUAGUUGUUUCCUUAUUAACUUCUUCUAAUGAACGGUUGGUGAUUGGGUUAUGGAAAACUCAGUAAGUUGUUAAGUUCAAUGCAUUUGGUUAUGAAUUAGUCGAAAUGUCAGGUUACUUUUAUUUAUGUUAAGUUGCAAUUCGAUUUGAAUGGAUGUCAAAUUUUUUGUGUUGAAUGAUGCUUGGAGUGUUAAGCUAUUGGUAUGUUACUGACUGAGUUAUAAUAUGGUGUUGGGAUUUUUAACUGAUAUUCCAUGUUGAUGUACAUCUGUUGUUGCUUGCUAUGCCUUGUAGAAUUGGUGCAAGAUGAUGAUAUGAUGCUAAUUGCCUUGCCCUGACUUUCUGCAUGAUAAUUGUUGCAGGGUGCUCGGUCAAUUGUGGAUCAUUUAUAUCGAUGCUUCCCUGCCUUUCUUACUCAUUAAUGCAGAAUAGAUGUUUGGCUUGUAUGGUUUGGAUGCGUUUGAUGUUGAUGCAGGUUAUUUGGAAGUUGGUUGCGAGACGUUUUCACGUCGCCGUUUUGAGCCGUGUUGCUGCUAUUCGUGUCUUGGCUAUGCAUUUCGACUUGCAGCCGGUGUGCGCUCAUUUUGUUGUUGCAGUAGCUGCGAUUGAGGUUCUAAUUGUGCAUUGUAUGAUAUUUUGGAGCAUGAUGGGAUUUAAUCAAAGGUAUACUAAAUGACCUUUCACAUGCCUUUCCUUUGAAGAAGCGUAAGUUAUUGGCAAAACCAACAAAGGGCUUUGGCAGUUUCAACAAGACAUGGCCUUCGGGAGAAGCAUGGCGUGUGGAGGUGUGCAUUUGGACAUUGAAGUUAGAGGAAGAUGGAGGACUUAUUGAAGUUUCGUUUUUUCCUUGAGUCCAGCUGGUUGUGUUAAUGGGUAUUUGGUUUGGUUAAUGGUAAUGCAAAUGGAUUAAUGUAUAGAUUUUGGAUAUGGAUAUGAAAUGGAUAUUUGUUAAA